AUGAUCCUCCCUGGGCGCUCUCUCAUCGCCCGCUCCAUCAUCCGCAAUGUCAAAUAUCCCACACUGCAAUCCCAACCGUGUGGUGUAGAUCUCACAUUGAAACGCGUUCUCAAAUGGACCUCGCCUGGAAUCAUCGACUUGAAUAACAAAUUUCGCCAGCCGGCCUCGAUGGAAGAGAUACCCUUCUCUCCAUCCGAGGGAAACACAACCCCAUACUUGGAUCUCACACAGGGCUCUUACCUUGUGGAAUUCAACGAGACCGUAUCCGUGCCUUUGGAUGUGAUGGGCGAAAUAUUUGUUCGCAGUUCAUUGUUUAGGUCUGGGGUGACGAUACAUGCUGGAGUUAUGGACAGCGGGUACGAGGGGGCUGUCGGGGCAUUGAUGCAGGUCGUCAAUCCCACGGGAUUGCGACUGUAUCCUGCUGCACGACUGGCACAGUUUGUGUUCCACAACAUGAGCGAGAAGGUCGAAGGUUACAAUGGAAUUUAUCAAGGGAUGGAAUCUUUGCAAUAG